CACAUCGGAAGUGGGAUGUUUCCCACCACAAACGCGGAAGUAACGUCUGGAUUUACUAACAUAAAAAGUAUUUAGUAACAUUAAUGUUAGUCAUGAUUUAGUAGCAUUAAAACAUAAGUAUCUGUUAACAUUAAAAGAGCGCCGUUCCAUACAUUAUUUCCGGGUUGAAGUGGAAAUUAUGGAAUUUCCGAGAGCACGUGAAGGCAGCAUUAUGUCCAUAACUGGCGGUUUUGUUUGUUACUGUCCCUUUAAAGCGACGCGGAAGUGCCUCGGUAACGUAAAACGUCAUGUACAGUCAGCGUCAUCGCCAAACGAAUGAACCGGUUGCACAGUGCGGCGUCGGUUGCCGCAACUAGUAAUUUCCAGUUCUCUGUCAUUCCGUGUAAUCUGGACUAAACUGUUCGAUUUCAAGAGAAGAUCAAUGCUAUUUUAGGACAGGCCGAGAACGAGAUUAUCGCUGUCGACGAGAAUAACCAGAGGAAUUUCAAUGGCUGCAUCUAAAUGUACGCGACUCAGCGAAGCUCUGACCGGACAGUUACUGGAGUCCGUGGACAGUGUCCUGUUCGACUGUGACGGCGUGAUAUGGCGAGGCGAUCAGGCGAUUCCCGGAGCACCCGAGGUUAUCAAUACAUUGAAGAAACACGGAAAGCGGGUGUUUUUUGUCACGAACAACAGCACCAAAACGCGAAAAAUGUAUGCGGAUAAAUUAGGCAAACUCGGUUUCAAUGCCACCGAGGAAGAGGUGUUCGGGACGGCGUACUGCUCCGCGAUCUACCUUAAAAAUGUGUGUAAAGUUGAAGGGAAGGUCUAUUUGAUCGGGAGCAAUGCGAUGAGGCAAGAGCUUGAGAAGAUGGGCGUCCAGCCGCUCGGUGUGGGACCUGACCCCAUCUCAGGUGUUCAGAUUGACUGGGCGAAUGUCCCUCUCGAUCAGGAGGUCCAGGCUGUUCUGGUCGGGUUCGAUGAACAUUUUAGUUAUAUGAAGCUCAAUAGAGCCUUGCAGUACUUGUGUAAUCCCCACUGUCAGUUCGUGGGCACUAACACAGACACGAGGUUGCCUCUGGAGGGUGGAAAAGCAGUCCCGGGUACCGGGUGCCUCCUAAGAGCAGUGGAAACUGCUGCACAACGUCAGGCGCAAGUGGUGGGCAAACCCAGCAACUUUAUGUUUGACUGCAUGGCCAGCCAGUUUGGUCUAAACCCUGACAGGUGUCUAAUGAUAGGAGAUAGACUGGACACUGACAUUAUGCUGGGCUCAAACUGUGGACUGAAGACCCUGCUGACCCUCACAGGAGUGUCUACUGUUGCGGAUGCAGAGGCGAACCAGAAGAGCGACUGCCCUCAUCGGCAGAGAAUGGUGCCUGACUACUAUAUAGACAGCAUUGCUGAUAUUCUACCUGCUUUAGAGGCAUAGACAGUGUUCACCUAAGAUUUACACACUUUACUAGAGAAUAUUUAACAUGGAACAAAGUAAUCUAUUUUAACAUUUAUCACUUUAUUUAAAUAUUGAACAAUUUUAGUUGACACAAAAUGAAUCUCUUCACGUACAGUUAUUUGACGUUACGAAACUGUUGCCAUGUUAUAAGGGUUUAUUUGAAACAGGCCUUCCACUUUUCGGAGUUUCCCAUUGUAACAUUUUUGUUGUUUUGGGAAUAUAAGGGCAAUAUGUUUUUAAUUUGUCUGAAACCUAAUUUGUCAAAGUCUGAAUGAGAACCUGCGUAUAAAUAAUGAGCAACAUUUGUGUGCAUGUACAAUGAAGUAAAAUUAAUAUAUAAGAAAUAAGUGUUGUCUGAUCAGUAACACUCAGGUACUAGAAGAACACAAAUGGGCUUUUUCCAACUUGUUCAGUCGUGUUCUUAUAACACAUGUGAAUAUUUGCAAUUACAUUUUGUGUCACUCUCAACACCAUUGAUUUGUUUUGAUUUUAGUUCUCACCAUCAAUUGAACAAGCAUUUAUUUUGUGUGUGUCUGAUCAAAUAAACAAAUCAAGUUAAUGUGUUUUUUUUUGUGUUGUUUUUUUAUUCUGAAGAUCUGUAAAAGAGACCGUUCCAAAAUUAUUCUCAUUUUUUCUGAAUUUGACAAUUUAAGUAUUAAGUAUUUGUAACUAUUUAAGUAUUUGUUUCGGUUAAAUGAUCAUAUUUCUUUCAUUCUGUGAACUAUUGACAACAUCUCUCCCAAAUUCCAAAUUAAAAUGUAGUUUUAUAUUUAAGUUUAUUUGCAAAAAAUAAAACUGGUCAAAAUAUAAAAUAUUCUGAUCUUUUCCAUCUCGAAACAAGUUCAUGUUCAUUUUUAAACAAUACAAUAAUAAUGUUUUUACAUGUGUUUAAAAAGAGUUUUAUUUGAUGUAAUAACCCAGAUUCGU